AAAAUAUUUGGUUCCCGUUGAUGAACACUUUUAUAAUGAGUCGUUGAUCGUAUGAAAUUACUUUUGCUAUAAUGGUACGUGAAAUAAUAUUACAAUCCGUUUAUUUCUUGGCCUUUUUUUAUCAGCUAAAUUGUCAAUCGUCACUAACCAGGCAACAAGAACGAAAUGCUUAUUUCUUAAACUUGAUAAAUGAUAUACCUGGACCAGAAUAUUUAUUACUUACAGAUUAUGAGCUUCAAGAUGUUCUUAAAAUUAAUGAAAUGAAUGAAACAUUUUUGAUAUGUAAUAACACGAACAUUAAAUAUAAAAUGUGGAAAUUAAGAUGUAAGUACACAGAACUUUCACUUUAUAUAAUGUACCACAUGAAAUUUGUCAUCAUAAAUAGAAAUGUGAUUAACUCUAAAGAGCUAAAGAAAUUCAAGGAUAUUUUGCAUCGAAUGAUAUCGAUAUUCUAUUAUACAUUUAGCCAUAUUAAAGAAGGUAUUUGGUUAACAUCAAUUACAAUAAAUGCAUUGAUUGACCGAAAAAUAUCACCCCAAGAAAUCAAAUUCGAUUAUAUUACAUUUAAAAUUACUGAAAUUUGUAGAAUUUGCUUUAAAUAUAAUAAUCUACCAUAUUUGCCUGAACUAUAUAAGAAUAAUUCGUAUCUUAGUACGAUAUACGAAAUAUCAAAACAAUUAAAACUGUACUCUGGAUAUUACCCAAAUACGUUUAACGAAAUUUAUCAGUAUGAAGAUGUAUCACAUAUUUAUAGUUUUUUUUGGGAUAACAUUCAACGUUUUGAGAUAUUCAUUCCUCCAACUACAAUGUUUCCAACCUACGAUAAAACUCAUAUAAAAAAGAUUUACGAUAGAGUGCGCAAUAGCUGGAAAAAUGAUUAUUUUGAAUUGUUGUUUUAUACUAAAGCUAUAAAGAAAAAUUUGUUAUUGGUAACUUAUUAUUCUUUGGUUCGGCACAGUAUUUAUCUUAUUGAUUGCUUUAUAAAAGAUAUUAACAGUAUAAAUUCUAAUAGUGAAUAUUUUUUUAAAUUGUUUAAAAUUCCAUUAAACAUAAUAAAUGAAAUAGGUGUAUUUACAGAUGAAACAUUUUAUUCACCAUUCCAAAAUUUUUUAAAUUAUAUGAAAAACGAUAGAAUAAUCAACUUGGAUAAUUUAAUAAAGUAUACCAGUAAAGUCCUAGACUGUUUAAAUACACUAGCAAUAAAUUUUAAUAUUCCAACAUUUGAUUUUAAUAGCUUUAGAAAUGAUGCAUCAAUAGUAAACCCAUUUAAUCAUUCAAUUGCAGAAAAUCAAUUGAACUUAUUUACUAUUGAAUUGCAGAAGUAUUUUGAAUGUGUAAAAAUUAGUAUGGCACCCGUUGAUUUUACUAUUUUAAAAAUAUUCAUGUUAAAUGUUAACAUUGAAAGAUAAACUAAAUUUACCUAUUACUUUAAAUAUAAGAAGUUGUAAAUUUAAUUUGUAUUUUCUUGUAAUUCUCCUAUUUAUGCAAUAAACUUAGAUUGAAACCAAAAAUAUAAUGUAAAAUUCAUAAUGAAAAAAAAAAUAUACAAAA